AUGUCUACACCUAUGAUCAUGAAUUUGAGGAAGGUAGACACAUCCAGGAAGAAGGAUAUAGAUCCCACCUUAUAUGGGCAGUUGAUUGGUUCUCUCAUGUAUUUGGUCAACACCAGGCCACAUAUAGCAUUUGCAGUAAACUCUCUUAGUCAGUUCAUGGUUGAGCCAAAGGGAGUACAUUGGACAGCGGCAAAGCAUGUGUUGCAUUAUUUGCGAGGUACAAUCAAAUAUGGGAUUAGGUAUGCUCGAGGUGAAGGAAUCAGGUUGAUGGGCUAUACUGACGCAGAUUGGGCAGGUAGUACAACAAACAAGAGAAGCACUUCAGGGUGUUGUUUUAGUCUGGGAUCAAGAGUUGUGUCUUGGUUCAGCAGGAAGCAGAAUUUUGUGGCUCUGAGUUCUACAGAGUCGAAAUACAUAGCAGCUAGCAUGGCGACAUGUGAAGCUAUAUGGCUUUGA